GCCGGCUAGGCGGAAACAGCGGAGGGGGGAGAGAGGCAGAGGGCCUGUCUCGCCGCGACGCUCCUUGAAAGCCGCGGACGCCGAUUCCUCCGCCGACGCGACGCGGCCCCGGCCUGAGGGAGCUGGAGAGGCCGCAGCCAGAGCAGACGCGGGCGCGAUAAAGGAGAAGCUGUGUACUGAAGACAAACGUGCUCAGGAUAACAUGUCCAGUGUUCCAGUGGACAAAAGCAUCAGGCUGCAGGACAUUAAGAAAGGGCUGCAGUUUAUACAGUCUACUCUACCAUACCCUGGGUCUCAAGAACAAUAUGAGAUCUUCAUACGAGAACUUGUUAAAAACCUGUUUAAUGAAGGAAACGAUGCAUACCGAGAAGGUGAUUGGGAAGGGUCACUGAACCAUUAUUCUGAGGCUUUGAACAUAGCCGAUUAUGCCAAUUCUGAAGGAAUCCACAUUUCUGAUGAAAUAUUAGAGAAACUGCAUGUUAAUCGUAUAGCCUGUUACUCCAAGAAGGGGUCGCAUGAUAGAGUUUUAGAAGAAUGUGGGAUAGUUUUAAAAUUGAAUGAAAAUAAUUUCAGAGCCCUUUACCGGAAAUCCAAAGCUUUAAAAGAACUGGGAAGAUACAAAGAAGCUUACGAUGCUGUGGCAAAAUGCUCCCUCGCAGUGCCCCAGGAUGAAAAUGUAAUAAAAUUAACUCAAGAACUUGCUCAGAAGCUUGGAUUGAAAAUAAGGAAAGCCUACGUUAGAGCAAAAUCUUCCCCCAACUCUGCUUCUGGAGAAGGAGCAAAGAGCUCAAAUUCUUCUGUAGAAGACAUUGAAUCAGAUUUUUCCAGUUGGACGGAAAAGAUUCUUUCUUCCUCCUCCACUUCCUCUUCCCCUUCCAGUUUUGCUCCUGAAUUGCCAAGUGACCUGCCUCCGUUAGCAGCUGUGUCCUGCAUGGCUCUCCCAGCGGAGAAGACUGCUCUCUCUGCCCCUCCACUGGCCAACGGAGGGCCCUUCUCUAUCCCGGACGGCUGCUUGGACUGCGAAGAUGGGGAUGACAUUAUUGGAGAUGAGCUGGAUGAGUUGCUUGAUUCAGUGUCUGAUCCUGGUGAAGGUGGAAUGCCAAGUGCCGUCAUCCGAGGAGCCAUGCCAACCGCCACCAUUGCUCCCAGCAUCCCAUUCUCUGCCCCUCUGCUUGGGACGUUGUCAGUUGGGGCUCGAUUUGUUCCUGCUGCCUCUCUUUCUGAAAUGUAUUCCCAGCCCCUGGUUUCUGCCCUGGACAACUUUUGUUCCUCUUUAAAUACUUUCUCAAUCAGCGACUCUAAAAAAGAUAUACCCAAUUCUCUUUCUAGAGAUGUCAACACAGCAUUAAGCAGUAAUUCUCCUCUUCGGCUUAUGAACGGUCCCACAAGUUUGUUUGGGUCUGAGACCUACAUGGGGAUUGCAAAUCCAACUCGCAGUGACUAUUCUGGCGUGUUCAGCAGCACCCCUGCCAGUGUGCCUGUGCCAACAGCAGCCUCCUCUUUAGUGGCAAGAAACCCCCUGGAAGGCACCCAUGAGCUCAGGCAGGCCUGCCAGGCGUGUUUUAUCAAGAAGGAUCCCAAAUCAUUGGAGUACACUUACAAUCUGAACUUAGAGCACAUAUGUAAGAAGGACACCCUAAUUGGUAGAAUAAAGAACUCUGAAGAUAAAUCCUGGAAAAAAAUAAGGCCAAGACCCACAAAAACCCAGUAUGUGGGACCGUAUUAUAUAUGUAAAGAUGUGGCUGCGGGAGAGGAAUGCAGAUAUUCUGGCCACUGCACUUUUGCCUAUUGUCAAGAGGAGAUUGACGUGUGGACCCUGGAGCGGAAAGGGGCUUUCAGCCGUGAAGUCCUCUUUGAAGGCAGCGGAGAGAUCAGCUUGACAGUUUCCCGGCUUCUUCAGGAGCAUCACGGACUCUUCAUGUUUCUGUGCGAGAAAUGUUUUGAGCAUAAACCCAGAAUAAUCAGCAAGAGGAAUAAGGAUAACUCCUCUUCCUGCUCUCACCCUGCUAUGCACGACUUUGAGGAGAACAAGUGCCUUGUCCACAUUUUGCGAGAAACGACUGUGAAGUAUUCUAAGAUUCGACCCUUUCACCCUCAAGGUCAGCUAGAUCUGUGCAGGCAUGAAGCUCGCUAUGGCUGUUCACGGGAUGAUGAGUGUUUCUACGCUCACAGUCUUGUCGAGCUCCAAGUGUGGAUGAUGCAGAGUAAGACAGGUAUUACUCAUGAGGCUAUUGUUCAAGAAUCAAAAAAAUAUUGGCAGAAUGUGGACUCUGCUGCACACGGAGCACAGAUUCUCAGCAACCAGGUGAAGCACGGUUCCCUGAAUUUGAAAAUGAAGUUUGUCUGUGCUCAGUGUUGGAGACAUGGCCAAGUUAAUGAGCCAGACAAAAACAGAAAAUACUGCAGUGCAAAAGCCAGGCACCCGUGGACCAAAGAUCGCCGUGUCAUGCUGGUGAUGUCAAACGAGCGCAAGAAGUGGAAUACAAUUCGCCCCCUUCCCACAAAGAAGCAAGUGCCUUUACAAUUUGAUCUGUGCAAUCAUAUUGCGUCAGGCAAGAAGUGUUUGUAUGUUGGGAACUGCUCCUUUGCUCACAGUCAGGAAGAGAGAGAAAUGUGGACGUACAUGAAAGAGAACGGCAUUCAAGACAUGGAACAGCUGUAUGAAAUGUGGCUGAAGAGUCAAAAGCCAGAAAAAGGAGAGGAUCCAGUCCCUCAAGCAAACAGAGAAAAUGGGAAACAAAUUCAUAUGCCAACCGAUUAUGCUGAAGUCACAGUAGAUUUCCAUUGCUGGAUGUGUGGCAAAAACUGCAACAGUGAGAAACAAUGGCAAGGCCAUAUUUCUUCUGAAAAACAUAAAGAGAAAGUUUUCCACACCGAAGAUGACCAAAAUCGCUGGCAGCAUCGUUUUCCAACUGGGUGUUUCAGCAUUUGUGAUAGAUUUAUGGCUGGGGCAUGUAUCGAGGGAAAUAACUGUAAAUUUGCACAUGGACCGGCUGAACUCCGCGAAUGGGAGGAGCGGAGACACGUCUUAAGGAUGAAGUUCAACAAAGCCCAAAAGGACCACUUGAUUGCUCCCAACGAUAAUGACUUUGGAAAAUAUAGUUUUUUGUUUAAAGAUUUAAACUAAUAUGAUAACAAUGCAUUGUGUUGCCAGAUGGAAGCAUAAAAUCAGAAUUUGACAAUAAUCAAAAGCAUGUGACAGAAGCUGCAGAUUUUCUGCUUUUAUUGGCCCGUAUUGUUCCUCCUGAAGAACAAAAUGUAGUAGAUGUGUUAGGGGGAGUAAGUUGGCGGGUCUGUCUGUGCUCUCAUGAAACAGAAUGGUGAAGUCAUAAUAAAAACCACAGCCUGAAGUCUUACGUGCUUAUUCGCCUUCUGUUGGACAGAAGAAAGUUGGAAAAUAGCCAGAGGAGGGUGUUGUAAUGCCAAGGUAGCCCCUCCGGCUGGCCUUUCAGCUGAAACCUUUUAAGGUAAGCUUCUUAAAACAGAGGGUUUGAGCUCAGAAGAAAAUGAUGGAUUAAAUUCUUCAGAUGUUUUAAUGGAGAAGAUUUCUUUAAAAAUCAGUUUGCUAUUUAUCUCUAUGUAGGUUGCUUAAUAAAAGGAUUUUCUUAUUAAAAAGAUUUUAAGCAAAAUAACCAUUUAACGACUAUAUGUUGAAUGGGGUAUUUUUCUCUAUUUGUAUGUUUCAAUAUAACUUACCAAAAAGGAUCUUGGAAGAGAGAUGUGUAUUACUUUUUUGAGAAUCAAGUAGUUAAAAAUUUUGUUUCUUGGUCUUUACUGUUAAAUGAUGAUUUUGAAAGAUUCAGGUUGUAUGUCAGUAUUGUGUAUUGUAUGGACCAAUAUUGCCUGUAAUAAAACUUUACAUAAAGACUUUCCUAAACCCA